AUGAGCGAAGAGAAGCGAGACGUAUCGUCCAAUGGAGAGAUGACGACACUGGUCUCUGACCGACCCGGCAUGAUCCUCUCAGAGUCUCAGAUCGUGAGCUAUCUACAGAGCCGCUAUCGCAGCGAAAGGCCUUACUCGCAAGUCGGCUCGACGAUCCUUCUCGCUAUCAAUCCCUUGCGGAUUAUGCGCGAUCUCAAUGACGAAUCGGCGGAGAGCUUUAGGAGCGCAUCACUGGGGUGGACAACUGCGAGUACUGAGCCUCAUCCGUAUAACAUGGCUGGCCGGGUCUAUACGACCAUGUGUCUCCAAUCGACAACGCAAGCAGUUAUUUACAAUGGCAUAUCAGGCUCAGGCAAGUCGACCGUGUCGCAGCAGUUCACUGCACAGCUGCUCAGACUCUCGGCGGAUGGCACAAAGAAGUCUAUGCGUCUCGCAUCCCAAGUGCAAGCCCUCGAGGUCGUCUUGAGUGCUUUCGGCUGCGCGAAGACGUCGACAAACGCUUCGGCUUCGCGCUUCAGCCGGUGUCUGGAGCUGCACUUUGGUCCACGUCUCAAGCAAGCUAACGCGGGCGAAACGGAAGGUAUCGCACCUUUGAUCGGUGUCAGAGUGCUCGCUUUUGGUCUCGAACGUGCACGUCUCGUUCAUCUCGAAGCCAGCGAACGCACCUUCAAUGUCUUCUAUCAGCUCUUGGCCGGUGCAACUCCUCAGGAGGCUCUUGACCUCGGUUUGCGCGAUAGUCCUGGCGACUACGAUCUGCUUGAUUCGUCGGGUUGCCUCAAACUGCCAGCAGGACCUCGCAGUGACGAUGCUAUUGCCUGUGAGGAGCUCCGAGAUGCCUUCCGAACACUGCUGGUCAAGCCAAAGAAUGUGGCCAGCAUCUUCAGCGUACUGAUCGCUAUUCUCGAGCUUGGCAACGUUAGGUUUGACGAUCGCGGUACACAAGCUCAAUCGGACGAGACUGCAUGGAUCACUGCAGAGACGCAGAGCAGUCUGGAAAAAGCGGCAAAGCUCCUCGGCGUCACACAUGAGGAGCUUGCGCACGCGCUCACUAACAAGUUGGUCUAUGUUCGUGGCGAGGCGUGCGCGGCUUUUUUGAGUGCGGUCGAUGCAGCCCAGCAUAGAGACUCGCUCGUGACAAAUCUUUACGCGAUCGUAUUUGCCUACCUCGUCGAAUCCAUCAACUCCAAGCUCGCCUUGUCAGAUGCUCAAGCGACUGCAAAUCUACGCGAAGGCGGUGCCACGAUUCUCCAGAUUGAUCUGCCAGGCUUUCAGUCGCACAGCAUGUCAAGCGAAGGCAGUCGGCGUCGCAGUCUUCUUGAAACUCUGGGUCGUGACGGCUACGAAGAAUUCCGCUCGAAUGUCGGCGCUGAGACCUUGCAACAUUGGCACAACUCACAUCGCCUCGGCACACAAGCGCCCGAAGCUGUUGCACUGGUGGAGGACGGGCUCACUGUCCCUGAUCUCUCGUGGAAUGACACCGGUAUGACCCGUGUUGAGAUGCUUCGAGGCGGUCCUAUCGGCUCCAAAGCUGAUGAACGACCCAGCGGUCUACUCGGCGGGCUUGCGAAAGCACUUUCGAGUCUGCGUAAGGGCAAGAAAACCGCUGUUGAAGCGGAUGCUACUUUUGUCGAAGGCUUGCGCGAACACUACAAGACCAGCAGUGCUUACGUCGCUAAGCCAGUAGGCCAAUCUUCACCUUCGACGUUCGGAAUCAAACAUGCGAGCGGUACCGUCGCCUACGAUGCCAUCGGUUUCGUCGCUUCCGACCUUGCCCAUCUUGAUGCAGACUUUGUGACGCUCUUGCGCAGUUCGACUGACUCACUCAUUGCGAAGCUCUUCUCCGGUCCAGGCUUGGCUGUCGAGACGCAUGCACUAGACCCUACAACGCUCGUAGCUGCACAAGUCUUAUCUCAGCCUUAUCGUACGGCUUCGCCCGUUAAGAUCGCUACCGGUAUCGAAGGAUACCAUAUCAGAGCACCAAAGCCCAUGCUAGAGCCCAUGAUCAUCUCAUCAUCGGCUGCGCAGCUGAAUGCUGCGCUGACGUCGCUUUUCGAUCUAGCAGGAGCAUGUCAAGUCUGGUCGAUCAUCUGUGUCAAGCCUAAUGACGAGAGCUUAGGCGGCGUCUUCGAUGUCAAGCGUGUCGGCACUCAGAUCAGCGCAGCUGAAGUGCCACAUCUGCUGGCCCGCCAGCGAAAUGAUCUGGUGUAUCGUCUCGGCUUCCCGGAAUACGCAAGCAAAGCACAAUUAGACGAGCCGCUAGCUGACUCGAUCACUACGCAUGCUCAUUCGCAAGGCUGGAUUCGAGGCGAGACGUUCGAGGUGGGUGAGUCGCAUGUCUUUCUGUGUCAUCAAGCCUGGCGGUCUCUUUUUCCUGCCUUCGAGAUCCCAAACGUGUCAUCCGGCGCCGCUUCGCCCUUGCAACGAGCCACAGCGCAGUCCAUCGGGUCAGGUGUUCAAUCCGAAGCUUGGCACGACACCUCCGUGCAAAUGGAAGAGCACUUGCUUGCUCAGCAACACAAUAGCUCUGCGAGUCCCUACGACCAGCAAAUAGCACCUGUCGCUGUGCUUCGACAGGACGAAGUCAUGUCAAUGUACAGCGAGCAGACGGCUCGAACGCCUCAUUCUGACGACUGGGCAUGGGAAAGCAAAGCCGAGCUCAACGCUCCAACGCCGCUGCCCACAGUGCUUUCGGAAAAGCGCGUUAUCGAAGAGACACCGACAAGUCGCAGCCGGCGUGCCUGGCUCAAUCUCGUCUGGUUCACGACAUGGUGGAUUCCCGACUUUGCGUUGAAACUGGGCGGUAUGAAGAGACCUGAUGUGCGUCUGGCUUGGCGGGAGAAGUUUACUCUUUGCACCCUGAUCUUCCUUCUAUGCGCGAUUACGAUAUUCUACAUCAUCGGGCUCGGCCAUAUCAUCUGUCCAAAUUUCAACAAAGCUUGGAAUGCAAAGGAACUCGGCUACCAUCAAGGCGAAGACGACUACUGGGUGGCGGUCAGAGGCACGGUGUACGAUCUGACCAAGUUCUGGCGUGCCCAGCAUUCCGACAUCGUCGGUCAGCUCGUCGAUAAUGCGGAUAUGCUCAGCUUGGCAGGCCAGGACCUCACGAACUACUUUCCGAUCCCAUUCACUCUUGCAUGUCCAGAUCUCAUCACCGAUCCGGGCCUGGUCAUCAGCUAUGCGAAUUUUACACCGACAGUAUCGAUUGCUGUGCACACAUCUGGGGCUCUGCAGCCAGACACUGCAUCGAAGCUACACACCAGUGACUGGUACACUGCGACUUUUCUAUCCAAGAUGGAUCAGUACAAGCAGGGGCCACUUGUCUAUGACCGCAAAGCACUUCGUGCUGGUUACACUGACGAUGCGCGCACUUGGGCGGUCUACCGCGGAACUGUUUUCGAUCUAUCAGACUACUUUUAUACGGGCCAGCAGAACUCUGCAGCACCAGCCUAUCAAUUCCUUCCGUCGGUCAUCACAAACCUUUUUCAAGAGCAGCCAGGAGGAGAUAUUACUCACGAUCUGGACCUCAUCGACGCGGCACAACUCAACUCGACAGCAAAAACCUCGGCACUGAAUUGCAUGAACAAUCUCUUUGCGGUAGGUCAAUACGACUUCCGCAACACGGCCCGUUGCCAAGUGCAGAACUAUCUACUCCUCGCUUUCUCGUGCAUGAUAGUAGCUACGAUUGGCGCAAAGUUCCUCGCUGCUCUUCAGCUCGGAUCCAAGCGGCAGCCUGAGCAGCGCGAUAAAUUUGUUAUCCUUCAAGUACCUUGCUAUACCGAAGGCGAAGAUUCUUUGCGAAAAACGAUCGAGUCCUUGGCAGCGCUUCAGUACGACGAUAAACGCAAGCUUAUGGUCGUCAUCUGCGAUGGCAUGAUCAUCGGUAGCGGGAAUGAUCGUCCAACACCUCGUAUCGUCCUCGACAUACUUGGCGUUGAUCCGAAGCAUGAUCCUGAUCCCUUGCUGUUCAAGUCUGUCGGCGAAGGCUCGCGACAGCUCAACUAUGGCAAAGUCUAUAGUGGUCUGUACGAAUUCGAGGGUCAUGUCAUGCCUUAUCUCGUCAUUGUCAAGGUCGGCAAACCAAGCGAGCGCUCUCGUCCAGGCAAUCGAGGCAAACGCGACUCGCAGGUCCUCUUCAUGCGUUUCCUCAAUCGCGUUCACUUCAAUAGCGAGAUGGCGCCCCUGGAACUCGAGUUGCAUCAUCAGAUCAAGAACGUUAUCGGCGUUGAUCCACAGCUUUACGAGUUCAUGCUCUGCGUCGAUGCAGACACCGAGGUGGCGCCUGACUCGCUCAAUCGCAUGGUCGCCGUGGCUUCGGAUGAUUCGCAGAUUAUUGGUCUCUGUGGUGAGACAAAGCUGGGCAAUGAACAGCAAUCAUGGGUGACGAUGGUCCAAGUCUACGAAUAUUACAUCUCCCAUCAUCUCACGAAAGCAUUCGAGUCACUUUUUGGCAGCGUCACCUGUCUGCCCGGCUGCUUUACUAUGUAUCGGCUCCGCACCAACGAUACUGGCCGACCACUAUUCGUAUCCAGUCUGAUCAUCGACGAUUAUUCGGAAGGCAAUGUGGACACCUUACACAAGAAGAACCUGCUCUCACUAGGCGAAGACCGCUACCUCACUACUCUCAUACUCAAGCACUUUCCAAACUUCAAGACGAAGUUCUCGCCAGAUGCCCAAGCCAUGACGAUCGCACCAGAUCGCUGGGAAGUACUCCUUUCUCAGCGUCGACGCUGGAUUAAUUCGACCGUCCACAACCUGUUUGUACUGACGAGCCUCAAAGAUCUUUGCGGUUUCUGCUGCUUCUCCAUGCGCUUCAUCGUAUUGCUCGAUCUCGUCUCGACUGUCAUUUUGCCAGCAUCAAGUAUCUAUCUUGUAUACAUGAUCAUCACAGUGGCGACAGGCAACGCGCAGAUCCCUGUGAUCAGUCUCAUCAUGAUUGGUGCGGUCUAUGGACUACAGGCCAUCGUCUUCCUCGUAAAACGACAAUGGCAGUUCAUUGGCUGGCUUGUCAUCUACCUCCUCGCGUACCCGAUCUACUCAUUCUUCCUGCCGCUCUACUCUUUCUGGCACUUUGACGAUUUCAGCUGGGGUAAUACUCGCAUAGUCGUCGGAGAAGGCAAGAAGAAGAAGAUCCUGGCGACUACUGACGAUGAACCCUUUGACGAUUCGAUGAUACCGCUGCGCCGAUUCGGAGACUAUCAGGCCGAAGGCUACGACAAUAACGAUUGGGACAUGAAGUCGGAGUAUAGUCGCCGCACAGAGUCAGUGGGUGGUUUCAGUACACCCGGAAGUGUCAGACCGACAUAUAACGACCUCCGUGCUAGUCGCACCUUUGGCAGUUCAUUCAGUAUUGCCGAACAAUAUGAUCAGCAGCGCCGGAGCUCCCGAGCAAACCUGACAUCUGCAGUGCCUGCCUACGCCCCCUUUGCGCCGAUUUACAGCCCAAGCAUGGGCGGUUCACGCCCUCCGUCGGAAGCCGGCAGCGGCAUGUCGGUCUCACGAUCUCGUCCUAAUACUCAGAUUUAUGGGUUGCAGCGACAGAAUCGUCCGAUUCAGCUGACAGAUCCGUUCAGCAAUCCAAGAGACUCGUAUGUCAGCCUCGGUAUGGGUCCGCCUCGCCCAGCUUUCCAGAAUCGCAAUUCAUCUUACUCUGCCUGGUCUGGCAUGGGUCCAAACUUUGCCAGACACACAAGCGCUCUGCCGAUGAUAGGUAGCAUGCCCAUCACUAGCUUCAUCGGUCAAAGUGCAUCAACCGAUCCGACAGACGAAGAAAUUACUCAAGCUGUCAGAAUGUAUCUGUCGACUCAGGAUCUCAUGCGCGUUACCAAGCGUAGCACACGAGAUGCACUUGCAGAUUACUUUAUUCACGCAGACCUGACGAACCGCAAGGCGCUCGUGAACCAAGUCAUUGACAGAGUACUUUCGGGACAACUUUAG